AUGGCUGACCUGGGAAUGUACUGAAUGAAAAUAGCUAAGCUACAGCCAAACUACUCUUCUGAUAAAACAGCUAACUACACUACAAGCUAAGAAAAAGUAGAUUACAAAGCAUUUUGUUGCGCUACACUGCUACUUAUUGAAAAACUAGCAGGUACUGGAACAACUCAGCUACUGCCAUGCUAGUAAAAUGUAAACUACAACUAGCAACGCUGCUAGUUUACAUUUACUGGAGUUGCUCUUUAAAGCAAUGGACUAGCCCUAAAGAGGGCUUAGGGAGAAAGGGCAAAUCGACAACGGCGUUUUAAAACCAGUACUGAAACGCGCUGUUGAAUGUGUGUAAGUCCUCUCUGCUCUCAGUUCACUGGUCCCACCGCUCUGCACAUAAAAUACCAGACACAGAGAAGAGGAACCAGAUAUAUUCGCCAUACUUGAGGAAAUUUACUGAAGGUGGUAUUAAAGUGAAGGGAGAGGGGAGAUACAUGGUGUAAAUGUUCAUUUCUCGUUCCCACAGUCCAUAACAACUUCGCGAAUGAACUUGAUGUUGAAAUCCCAGAACCGGUAUAAAAUACACUGGGCACAGCAUUACAACGCUUCGAGUGACUUGUCUUAUCGCGAUACUCGCAAAUCUCGCGAGAUACAGAAAGCUUCCUCCUGGUUGGAGAGCUGUUUCCUGUACCGGAUUUUUUUUUUUUUUCUGCAAAAUUUCAAUAAGUGUUUUCACGGAAUUUUGAGCACAAGUCACGCAUCGACAGGACAGCCCCUGGGAUGAGUUAAUGCUGCAAUCCCGCGGUGAAAAGGAGGGAUCAGCUGUGCUAGGACAGAGGCCUAAAAGCUGUCAACUGUCCGAAGACGCUUCCUAUAGGAGCCAGGGCCGCGGCGAGUCAGGCUCCAGUCUCUACUGGGAGAGCUUUGAUAAAUAUUACAGACAUGACUUCGUCUCAAAACUUGUUCCAGCUCAUACACUAGACCAUUUUGCUGUCAGAGAGGUUUUCCGACCGACCAAUGCUUACCUGUGUGUGUGGGAGCAGCUUGUCUUGUCUUCUUGUCAUCCGCCUACUUGCCCGACUGUGACAGAACUCCGUGAGGCAUGAUAGACUCGAACAACUAAACCUUCUGAACAGCUAGUUUAUAAUAUAGUUUGUCAUUUUAGGGAAAUUACAGUGGCGGUAACUCGUUGUCGUUGCUUUUCUCGGUAAAAUAAAUAAAUAAAUAAAAAAAUAUAUAUAUACUAGUCAGCCAUGGCCCCGAAGAAACCCCGACCAGUCCCACUGAACAUAACGCCUACAGGAGAGGGACAACCGUCCACCAACGCUGAUGCUGCCUCAGAAGCUAAUCUGGAAGCCUUGCAGAAGAAGCUAGGGGAGCUGGACCUGGAUGAGCAGCAGAGGAAGCGUCUCGAAGCCUUCCUCACCCAGAAGGCUCAGGUGGGUGAGCUGAAAGAUGACGACUUUGAGCCCAUCUGUGAGCUGGGUGCCGGGAACGGAGGAGUGGUCCACAAAGUACGCCACAAACCCUCCAGGCUGGUUAUGGCCAGAAAGCUUAUUCAUUUGGAAAUCAAACCAGCCAUCAGGAACCAGAUUAUACGUGAGCUGCAGGUGCUGCAUGAGUGUAACUCACCCUACAUAGUGGGCUUCUAUGGAGCUUUCUACAGUGAUGGGGAGAUCAGUAUCUGUAUGGAGCAUAUGGAUGGAGGCUCGCUAGAUCAGGUACUAAAAGAAGCUAGAAGAAUUCCAGAGGAAAUCCUGGGCAAAGUUAGUAUUGCAGUACUCAGAGGACUUGCCUAUCUACGGGAGAAGCACCAAAUUAUGCACCGAGACGUGAAGCCCUCCAACAUCCUGGUGAACUCGCGCGGUGAAAUCAAGCUGUGCGACUUUGGCGUGAGCGGCCAGCUCAUCGACUCCAUGGCCAAUUCCUUUGUGGGAACACGCUCGUACAUGUCGCCGGAGAGGCUCCAGGGCACUCACUAUUCGGUGCAGUCGGAUGUGUGGAGCAUGGGCCUGUCACUGGUAGAGCUGGCCAUCGGCCGCUACCCCAUCCCCCCGCCUGACGCCAAGGAGCUGGAGGCCAUUUUUGGGCGACCCGUGCUGGAUGGAGCAGGGACAGAGGGACACAGCACAUCCCCAAGACCUAGACCUCCAGGACGCCCCAUUAGUGGACAUGGAAUGGACAGCAGGCCGGCCAUGGCUAUAUUUGAGCUACUGGACUACAUUGUCAAUGAGCCCCCACCUAAACUGCCACAUGGUGUAUUUACCUCAGACUUCCAGGACUUUGUGACAAAAUGCCUCAUCAAGAACCCUGCUGACAGAGCUGACCUGAAGAUGUUGAUGGGCCACACGUUUAUCAAGCGUGCAGAAGUGGAUGAGGUGGACUUUGCUGGUUGGUUAUGCAGAACCAUGGGCCUGAAUCAGCCAAGCACUCCAACUCGCACCUCUGAAUGAACCUCAGUCCAGCCACGUACACCGUCCCCAUCACCCUCUCUGCGCUUUCCUCUUCUCCCCUCUGUUCUUUUUCCCUGCUUGUUAAGCCUGGUCAGGCCAACUCACUUCCCCUUGUUCCUCCUCACUUACUCUAUUGUUGCCGCAGGGCUUUCUGCAGGUACUAGUUUAUGAGAGGUCAUCUUUGUCAUUGGUACAAUUGUCCAUUUAAUUGGAUUUAGGUUCAGACAUGUCUUGCCUUGCAUUAACAGCAUAUUUAAGAUCUCAGAGCAGUUAUUUGGGAAUGUUACAGGUAUGGCAUUAGAGCACUGGGUGUAUACUGUAUAAUGCAUAUUUUUACUAUGAUUUUUCAGGUGUCAUAUUUUGCAGUGAUCGUGUAAUGGUGUCGCUGCAUAAAAACAGCAGUCUGGUUAAAUGUUCUGUUUCAGAAGAUACAUUUCUAUUCUACUCUAUCUUGUGUUGAACAGUUUUAAACCAAAGAGGGCUUCUGCAGAUCACACUGAUAAUGAUUUUCUGGUAAUUUAUGGGCUGGAUACAUCUAUAAAGAUGAAUGAAUUCAUGAAGCUGAACUGCUACUCCUACAUACAUCUAUGUAGGUAUACACAAAGUCUGAGACAUUGCAAGACCAGGAUGUUUGGUAACAUAUCAGUUAUUGGUUAGGUUAUAAAUUUGGAGAUAUAAACAACUUCUGGCAUCUUCUGCCUUAAAGUUGUUAAUUUCAAAGAAAAUUAAGUAUUUCCAUUGUAAAACAAUAUGGUUAUAUCCCAAAAUAAGGAAAUACUUUGAUGAACAGCCCAUCUGCAUUUUAUCACAGAAACAAACUUGUCUUUCUGUCUGCAGUAAGAGAUGUAACACGUUUUCUGUCACAAGCUAUUUCUAUAAUAUCCAGAAGGGCACUUUUACUUCCUAAAUUUUUUUUUUCAUGGCUGUAUCUGAUGCUUAGGUUUGUCAUCUGAAAAUUUUGUUUAAUGCUGUAACUUUUUUCACCAUUGGGUAUUUUGGGGAAGAUUUUUUUUUAUGCUUUGAUGUUGCAUUUUUUGCCAACUAAAGACUGAGAUACAUUUUUGACCUAUAGAUAAACCAGGAUUGCACUCCACAUUACAGCUGACAAUCCAGAGACCUUUGCAUUGGAAUGCACACAGACUAUAUCCUCAGCAAGCUCUGUUAAAUAUGAGUUAAUAAAGAAUAUGUGUAGUACACAAUUCACUAAGUUGUGAUAAAUGUGAUGUACUAUGCAAGCAAAUGUAAAUUAAUAUAAAUACACAGUUAGUGGAUGGCUGAUGUAAGGUAGGAGUAUAGGCCCAUUGACUGCUGAUAGGGCUUGGCUGUGUGUCUUUACCUUUUUCUUCAGUGUUCAGUUUCUCCAAAACAAAUUGGGGCAUAGUUUAGGCAUAGAAAAAGUAUCACAUUCAGUUGAAAAAGACUAUCUCUUUAUGAUAGUCUUUACUUUACUUUAUGAUAUUUUCUGGGGAACUGAACAUAAUUAUGUUGGACCUUUAUUACGAUCAUACCUGGCAUUCACCUCCAACCAAAUGAAUGCAGAUGCACAUGUGUAUAAAAAUAUAUAUGCAGUACUGUACAGUGGUACUGUUUCACAGUCUUAAAAAAAAUAGCCUUCUUUGGUUGUGUUUUUUUUUUCUUUUUUUGAUUGGUGUAGGAAAAAUUGGAAAGAGUCAUUUUAUUAUCAUAUGAAAUUUGUUGAAUACAAUUCUAAUACAGGAAUAAAAUCAUUUGUGAAUCAA